AUGUCCCGCCACAGCCCCGCAGUGCUCGGCCGUCUGCUGCUCUGCACCGAUCGACAGCAUGCCCGGCCCUAACUGAGUAUUUACUCUAUACUUUCAUCUGGCAAAUAAGUAAUCAGAAGGUAUUGGAGCCGAGGUCCGAGAGGGAACAUUCAGCCCCCAGCAGCCAUGGUGGAGAUACCCAGGUCCACGUCAACGGUGAGGGUGGAAGUUGUUGGGGCGGCGGGUAAAUCGACGCGUAUCUGCUGUGCAAAGUGUGCGGCCAAAGCGGCAGCGGCGGCCGCCACAGGUAGCAGUAGCAACUCAGCGGACGACGGGUCUGGACACGGCCCCAUCCUUCUCCAUGGGGAUGAACUGCGAUUGGAAGCUCUUUUCAAACAAUUGGACAAAGAUGGCAACGGAAGGAUUGACAUCCUAGAGCUCUCCAACUCUCUCAAAGACUCGGGUGUGCACCACACUUAUGCCCAGAAAUUUAUUGAGCAUUCAGAUGCCAAUAAGAGUGGAGAUGUCUGUCUAUCGGAAUUUAUUGACUAUGUACGAGAGCAUGAAAAACAUUUGCGGCUAUCUUUCACACAUAUUGAUAAAAACAGAGAUGGAAAAAUUGACCAGGAUGAGCUUGUACGUGCUUUCAAAGACCUUGGAGUGGAAAUCGAUCACAAAGAAGCUCUUAAGCUUCUCAAGAGUACCUGGACAUUGGGGAGGAUAUGAAUGUCCCCGAUGACUUCACACAGAAUGAAAUGUUGACUGGCAUGUGGUGGCGCCAUCUCGUCGCAGGAGGUGUCGCUGGCGCCGUCUCCAGGACUUGUACAGCCCCUCUGGAUAGGCUUAAAGUGUACCUUCAGGUUCACGGGACAAAAUCAACCGGCAUCAAAACAUGUCUUCAGCACAUGCUGCAUGAGGGUGGGUUCUGGAGCUUGUGGCGUGGAAAUGGCAUUAAUGUUCUAAAAAUUGCCCCAGAAUCCGCUAUUAAAUUCAUGGCUUAUGAGCAGGCAAAGAGAGUCAUCAGAGGGAGUCAGGCAAGGGAGCUCUCUAUCUAUGAGAGAUUUUGUGCUGGCUCCUUUGCUGGUGGUGUUAGUCAAACUAUCAUCUAUCCCCUUGAGGUGAUGAAAACAAGACUUGCUUUACGCAAAACAGGGCAAUAUAAGAGCAUAGCUGAUGCAGCCAAGAAGAUUUACUUACAAGAGGGUCCCAAAAGCUUUUACAGAGGCUAUGUUCCAAAUUUACUGGGCAUCAUUCCAUAUGCUGGCAUUGACCUAGCUGUCUAUGAAACUCUUAAGAAUUCCUAUCUCCGGAAACACGCCAGCAAUGAGUCCCCAUCAGUUUUGCUGUUGCUUGCUUGUGGAACCAUUUCAAGCACUACAGGUCAAGUUUGCAGCUAUCCCUUAGCGUUGGUUCGCACUCGAUUACAAGCUCAAGUGAUUACAGCACAGUCAUCUCAGGCAGGAGGAACUAUUACCGCACAACCAUAUACUAUGACAUCUUUAAUUAGAGAGAUUUUCAGAAAUGAAGGUUUUUCUGGACUCUACCGUGGCCUGACACCCAAUUUUAUGAAGGUUGCUCCGGCUGUUGCCAUAAGUUAUGCAACGUAUGAGCGUUGUAGGGAAACCCUUGGGGUCAACAUGACUUGAUGCUUUUGUACUGUAGAAAAUAAUAGACUAUUCAAUGGUGGGCUCAGUGGAUGGAUAGCUGGACUCUACUUGCUGUGAGGAACUGGCUGGCCAGUUGCAGCUUAGCAGCACUCGGUUAGGGCUUUGCCCACAUUAACUUUAUUUAAUUUAUAUUUAUUUUUGUGAUGUGCGAAAUGGUCAGGGUGUGUAAGAGCUCUUUCACUGCUGAGGAUGCCUGGUUUUGGUGGCCCUUGCUCAGCCUCAUGCAUUUUCUCUUCUUUGAUAUUUGUUUUUAAUGACUUGACAAACUGUUCACUGGAAUUUAGUGUUACAAAGUUUUAGUUACUUAGUUCUAAUACACUGUAUCUAAAUUGAAGCUUCUUGGCAGUGGAUUUGGCUCUACCUUAGAAAUGUAUAAGCAGCUGUGAUUCCUUUUAUAUUCUAUAAGAUGUCCCAGUGGUAUUAGGAAGAUGAAUGUGUGGUUUCUCAUCUGUCUUCUCUUUGUUUCUAUUACUUACCCUCUCUGUUCUGCAAAGAAGAUAGUGUGGUCAGGAUAUUGAUUCCUAUUUGACUUGUUGUUUUCAUGCUGGUCAUCGGGGUUUUUUUUUCUUUGUUUUCUUUUAUUGAACGAAGUCUUUCUGUGUCAUUUUAGAAAAUUUCUUCAUUUUUGUCCUGAAAUGUAACUUGUCUUAUUGUUGCAUUUGAUAAGCAAGAACUACAUGCUUAUGUUUCUGCUAAGUGCACUUUAAUUCUCAAUAUUCUGGAAGCUUUGGAAGAAGUCAAUCUACAUAAAGAUGUCAAUAGUUAGGUUGUCAUUGUUUAGCUGUGAUUUUGCUUUAUUUUGCCAGUACAGUAAUCUUAAGGAAGUCAAAGUGGGAGUGUAUCCUUCUUAAGUAUGGAAUCAGGAAGUCUUGUCUACUAUUAUUGGCCUUGAUGGGUUGAAACUGUAUUUUUCCAUAGUUGUUGUAUACUUCAACCUUUUGUUUAAAUACAAUGUUUUCUUCAUAUGCAAUGUUUUUGAGUUUAGUGUGUCAACUUAUGAAGGUGAAUGAAGAGACUCUUUGCCCCAAAUAGAUAGUUGGAACUGAAUUUUUCUUUUAUUGAGGUUGAUGCCUAACAAUAUUGCUUCCUAUCAGAGGACUAGCUUUAUUAGUGUAAUCAGUACAGUAUUUGCGGGCAAUUACUGUGUUCCUUUUGGGAAGACACUUUAGUGGUGUCUCUUUAUAUUUAUGUAUUGUGAAGGAAGUGGUUACACCCACGUCCCUUGAAUACCAAACUCAAAUGAUUUGGGGAAGUUACCCCUCUCCCCUCCCCCUUCAUUUCCCCCCUAAUUUAUAUAUCAGCUGACUGCAGAUUUUUUUCUCAAAGUAUUCAUUCACUUUUUUUCCUCGUCUAGGUUUAAGCAGACAAAUAAAUGCUCAGAUCUCUUUUUAAGCAUUUUGUAAUCUCUUGUCUGAACUUUUCCCCUUCGUAGAAAAUCAAUGUUUAACUUUCCAGGAAUUUUAUUUUACAUUAUGUAUAUAGCCAUGUGUGUAUACUCUUGUCAUGAAAAUGUUAAUUGUAAAUUACAAAUUUUUCACAUUUUAGCAA